AGCGGACGCUGUCGCAUUCUUGUAUAUUUGUCGCCCUUUAGAAAAAAAAGGGAAUCGACGAAACGGAAAAUUAUGGCAAAAAGUGACUUUGCAAAGGGAAACACCCACCAGCCAGCUACUGUAUGGUAACAUGAAUAGAUGGACAGUAUAUAUGUAUUAAACAGCUGAUUUUGUUAAAUACAGAUAUGGCAGAUUUGACACCUGUUAAACCAGAAAUUACAAAAGUUUCAUCGUUAACAAGUGACAGUUUUGGUGAAAGAUGGAAGAUAUGUGUGAAGGUUAAAAGUAAAUCAGGGAAAUCAAGCUUGGAAAAUGGAACAGAUUAUUUCAAAGUUGUCCUGGAAGAUGAUUCUGGACAGAUAGAAGCCCUUGCUUUUGGGAGUCAGAACGUUCAUAGGUUCUUUGAUAGAUUUGAAGAAAAUAAGCUUUACUUUAUCUCGGACGGAAAAUUGACAGUGAACGAAAAUGUUCCAAAUGAGGAGCAACGAUGUGAUGAAGGACAAGAAGAAAAAGAAAAAAGACAUCCAUGUCAAAUACACCUAGAGUCGGGAACUGUUGUUACAUGCAGUGGUGAGGAGAACCAGCCCAGAAGUCCAUUCACACCAGUGACACAGCUCAAACAGUCCACCAAAACAUUUGUCGAUGUUGUUGGUAUUGUGACUGGAGUCUGGAAGUUGGAGAUGAAAUACACGCAAUACAGAAGUAUAAAUAUAACAGACGAGAAUGGCUCAGAUGUUAACGUUGCAUUAUGGGGCAAACUGGCCACCGAGUUUGAUGUGAGGUCAAUAAGCAGUGUUGUGUCUUUGAAGAAUGUAAGAGUGAAGAAAGAAAAUGGAGAAGUUGAGCUUCAAAGUACUCCAAACACGGAAAUUGAGUACAAGCCAUCUGAUCCAGAGGCCAUAGUGCUCCGAGAAAUCCAUGGUAUAGCUGAAAUCGUUGAUGAAUUGUCUGAUGACAUGAGAGAUUCAGAAGAUGAUGCCAGUCAUUGUAGGGGAUGUCAGAAACGUAGAGGAAGCAAUAGCCCUGCUUGUCAUAGGAAGAGGAAUGAUUCCGGUACUAGUACUGGCAAAGGGAAAUGUAAUAAGAAUAAUUUGACCAAUGGUGCUAUAUGUAGAAGGAGAGGAAGUGGACCUGGACAUGGUAGAAGGGGUAGGAGAAACUAUUCAUUUGAUGGUAACAGAACGGGUAGAGGUCGUGGAAGGCGGAGAUCAGUCACCAACAAUGAUGAUUUCAUUGAUGAUGAGGAGGAGUCUGACAUAGAGGAUUCUGAAGUUGACGAUCUGAGAGAAUACAAGAAAAAGCGAAGACCUGUGAGACAUUGUACAAGGAAGAGCACUAUGUCAGUUGCAGAUGAUGAUAAUAGUGAUAGUGAUGAUGACUCUGAUGACACUGAUGAUGAUGUUGAUGAUGAUGAUGCCAUUGAUAAUGAUAAGGAAGAUGCUAAUGAGGAAAAUGGAAUGAAGACUCGUAGAAGGGGAAGACCUUGCAAGCGAAGUUUGGACAAAGAGCUCGAUGGUGCCAGUAAAACGUCAUCAGGCAGACUUACAAGGUUAAGACAGAAAUCCACUACAGAUUCUCCCAAAAAAGCUUCGAGCAGCUUACAAGGACCUGUCACUGUGAUUUCUAUUGAAACUGAUGAAGAAUCUGAUGAUGAUGGUAUAAAACCAGUGUCAUCUGCCAAAAAAGCUAGCAAGAUGUACUCUAGUGAUGACUCUGAUGCCACAGUAUCAUAUUUAGAAACAUCAAAUUCCUCUGGUAAACGGAAAGCUUCGGAUAACGAUGAUGGUGAAGACGAUGACAAGAGUAAUGAUGAAAAGGAUGUUACUAAGUCUUCUAAGAAGUCUUCAAAGAAAAAGUUCAAGAGGAUAAAGACAACAUGUACAUCUUCACAAGAAACUGAGAAGUCUGUAGACCAGGAAGAGAAAGAUGGUGAUGAACACAGCAGCGGCAGCAGUGGAUCAGACACAGACAGUAGCAGCAGCAGCAGUAGUUCCGAUACCCACAGUUAUCACUCUGGACAUGGUGACAUGGACGGCAUGUGGGUUGAAGAGAGUCCGGUAGAGAGCAGCUAUAUACAGCAGUUAAGGGCAAUACAAAAAGAUGAUGAUGGCACAUUAAAUUUGCUUCAACAUUACAUUCUGUGGUUUGCUUUGAAAGCCGGUGGGGAAGACUGUGAUGAUGAGUUUUAUAAAGAACAGUUGAUGCCAAGAAAAAAUUUGGAGGCAGAGGGGGGGGGUGAUGAAUAUAUGUGA